GACGGCUUUUCAUUGCGACAACUUACAACCCACAUCGAGGGUCGAGGGUAUCUUUUGAGGUAGUGGGGAAAUUAUAGGAACUUCCGUUCAAAAACACGACGACGAGGACGGACUACGAUAGCUACGCUAGCUACGAGAAUCACGGCAACGACCAUACCAAACACUAACCUUCAUAUCGAGUCUAUUAGGCUAGAACAUAAAUAUUAUAUAGAUCAUAAAUGGCCUUCUUGCAAUUGCAGGAAGACCUAGAGAAGCUGACUAGAUCAGCUAAGCUCUCAGAUGCUGUCCAAGAUGUCGAUAAGAUUAUAGACCGUCUUACCGCCGCCCGAGACCGGGUAGCAGCAGCGAAUGAUCCUCACACUACUAGUCUGACCCUCACGAAGCUGCAGAACCCUAUCAAAGAAGAAUUGGACGGACUAAACAGCAACCUAAACCACGUAUACAGAGCUCGGAAUGAGUUCAACAAGUCCUUAAAAAGUGCCUUCUCCAAAGCCAUGGGCACUCUCCCCACCGACCAUGAUCCCAUGGAGUCGCAGUCGCCACUUAUAAAUCGGGCCAUCGCUAUGCAUCUCCUACGUGAGGGUCAAUUUGGCGUUGCCUCUAUGUUUAUCAACGAAGCACAACCCCAGACUGAUGCUACGCAAUCCCCACAAUCACAGACCGAGCCACCGGCAUCGAUAUUACAGCCCGAAAUCUCACCUCGGUCACCCACACCGGCAGACACUAUCAUAACCGAUGCCGAUAUUCCCUCCGACCUGACAGCUCUUCAAUCACAGGCCUUGCAAUUUUCUUUCGCCGACAUGUACUCUACUCUCUCAGCUAUCAAAUCACACAACUUGUUGCCCGCCAUCUGCUGGGCCAGAGAAAACCAUGUAGAGCUAGAGGCUCGGGGAUCGAAUCUGGAAUUUGAGCUAUGUAAGCUUCAGUUCAUAUGGCUGUUCAAGGGUUCCAGCGUGAACGGGUUGCCCGACACAUCGGAGAAUGGCAUCCAAGGCGCAUUGCAAUACGCUAGAGACAACUUUGGCCGUUUUCAGCAGCGGCACCUACGUGAAAUUCAGCAGCUCAGCUGUGCCAUGGUCUACUCUCAAAAUCUUCCCGACUCACCCUACGGCCCCCUCUUCGACAUAUCCGCGGCAUUUGAAGAUGUAGCCUCAUCCUUCACACGGGAAUUCUGCUCACUACUGGGUCUCUCGGCUGAGUCCCCGCUAUACGUGGCGGCGACAGCUGGAGCUCUAGCCUUGCCGCUACUAGUCAAAUACACGACCAAAACCAAAGCAAAGGGGACAGAAUGGACGACAGCUAAUGAACUCGCUUUUGAGACCCCACUACCUAGAAGCAUGAUGUAUCACUCUAUAUUUGUUUGCCCCGUUAGUAAGGAGCAGACCACGGAAACCAACCCACCUGUCAUCCUACCAUGUGGACAUGUGUUGGCAAGAGAGAGUCUACAGAAACUAUGCAAGGGAACUCGGUACAAGUGUCCCUACUGUCCUAGUGAGGGCCUUGUUAAGGAUGCAAAGGAGAUCAUUCUGUAACGUCGGAGACGGGAGGGGGGAGGUUAUCGUUCAUCCGGGAUACUUGGCGUGGCGUUCUUUCUUUCUUUUCUUCUUCACUCAUUGAAACUGGGAAUGGAGUUUCUCUAUUCCGGCGUACAGGAAGGAAGGUAGUGAACUGGCACGAGGAAUAUCCUGGCGGUAAUGGCUGGCUUCAGGGUCGAAAGGCGUUACUUACACAAACAACACUCAUUGACUACUGUAUUAUAUCUAUCUACCUAACUUAGUAGAUACUGGUAUGUAGUAGGUAGGUACCAUUCGUGUUCUUGCGGAACGUACGUACAUACAUACAUAUGUACAUGCAUCCGUAGCUUACAGUUGUUCUCAUUCAAUAUGCUCUCUAGAAAAAAUGGCCUCUUACGUAGGUAUUGUUAUAUGUUACCACCACUACACGGUUGCUACCUAGCACUACCAGUACCCACAGAUGGCUAGGAUCUAAAUGAUUAUUCUAUACCUACCUAA